UGUGUGUGGCGCAGUCAACAGCAUCCGAGUCCAUCGAGCGCCAUCUUCAAUCAGGGAGUCCUGCUGAGUGAGCGGCUCUGACUGGAGACCCCGCCCUGGGGGGCGCAUGCGCCGACUGCUCCGCCCCGGCUCCAGCUGCGUCGCCCGCUCGGUACGGGCGGAGGGCGGGAUCGUCCCGCCGAAGGAGGCGCUGAGGUCGGUGAGAAUCCCUGAGGAGAAACGGUGGGGGUGCUCGCCCAGCCCUCACCCCAGUCAUACUAGUCGACGUUGGUACAGUGUGUGUGUGUGUGUUUGGUGGUGGUUUGGGGGGAAGAAAAGAAGCCAUGGAACGUCCGGGCUGCUGAAGGGAGUCGGUGGCGGGAGCAGGAGGGAAGGGAAAGGGAGCGGGACGAUUCCCGUGGAAAAGGCCCCAAACUCACCGCCAUCACAGGUAGUUGAGCAAGUGACUGUCACACAGACACAUAGAAAGAACUACUUGCCCUAAUCAAGCCACAAAUCAAGAAAUAGUUCAAGGAAACUGUUAGCAGUAAGGACGAUGUCAGAUGAAGGAACCAUGACUGCACAAGUGACCUUGGAAGAUGCCUUAUCCAAUGUUGAUCUUUUGGAAGACCUACCAUUGCCAGACCAGCAGCCUUGUAUCGAACCACCACCUUCAUCACUAUUAUACCAACCAAAUUUCAACACGAACUUUGAAGACAGAAAUGCAUUUGUUACGGGUAUUGCCAGAUACAUUGAACAAGCAACAGUUCAUUCUAGCAUGAAUGAAAUGUUGGAGGAGGGUCAAGAAUAUGCUGUUAUGCUGUAUACUUGGAGAAGCUGUUCAAGAGCCAUUCCUCAGGUUAAGUGCAAUGAACAGCCUAAUAGAGUUGAAAUUUAUGAAAAGACAGUGGAAGUUCUUGAACCAGAAGUCACAAAACUAAUGAACUUCAUGUAUUUCCAGCGCAAUGCAAUUGACCGGUUUUGUAACGAGAUGAAACGACUUUGUCAUGCAGAGAGGAGGAGAGACUUUGUUUCAGAAGCUUACCUUCUCACACUGGGCAAAUUCAUUAACAUGUUUGCAGUCUUGGAUGAGUUGAAAAACAUGAAAUGUAGUGUGAAAAAUGAUCACUCGGCAUACAAACGAGCUGCUCAGUUUCUUCGUAAAAUGUCAGACCCACAAUCUAUACAAGAAUCUCAAAAUCUCUCCAUGUUUCUUGCAAAUCACAACAAAAUUACUCAGUCACUCCAACAGCAGCUUGAAGUCAUUCCAGGCUAUGAGGAGCUCCUUGCUGACAUUGUAAAUAUUUGUAUUGAUUACUAUGAGAACAGAAUGUACCUUACUCCUGGUGAGAAGCACAUGCUGUUGAAGGUGAUGGGCUUUGGUCUGUACCUCAUGGAUGGAAGUGUAAGCAACAUAUACAAAUUGGAUGCCAAGAAACGAAUAAACUUGAACAAGGUUGACAAAUUUUUCAAGCAACUGCAGGUUGUACCAUUAUUUGGUGACAUGCAGAUAGAGUUGGCCAGGUACAUCAAGACAAGUGCUCAUUUUGACGAGAACAAAUCAAGGUGGGCCAUAACGUCUUCCAGCAGCAGUCCCCAGUAUAACAUUGUUGAACAAAUGAUCCAGAUCAGAGAAGAUCACAUGCGUUUCAUCUCUGAGCUAGCCCGCUAUAGCAACAGUGAGGUAGUAACAGGGUCAGGCAGGCAAGAAGCUCAAAAGACUGAUGCAGAAUACCAGAAGUUGUCUGAACUGGCUUUACAGGGAAUGCAGCUGCUGUCCCAAUGGAGCGCUCAUGUUAUGGAAGUGUACUCUUGGAAGCUUGUGCAUCCUACUGACAAGUACUCCAAUAAAGAAUGUCCAGACAAUGCAGAAGAGUAUGAGAGAGCAACAAGAUACAAUUACACAAGUGAAGAGAAAUUUGCACUUGUUGAGGUUAUAGCAAUGAUAAAAGGACUACAAGUGUUGAUGGGUAGAAUGGAGAGCGUGUUCAAUCAUGCCAUUCGACAUACCAUUUAUGCUGCACUCCAAAACUUUGCUCAGAAAACACUUCGUGAACCUUUGCGUCAAGCCAUCAAAAAGAAGAAAAAUGUGAUCCAGAGUGUUCUUCAAGCUAUUCGGAAGACUAUUUGUGAUUGGGAGGUUGGACAAGAACCAACAAAUGAUCCUGCACUCAGAGGAGAAAAGGAUCCCAGAGGUGGCUAUGAUAUCAAGGUUACCCCCCGAGCAGUUGGACCAUCCAGCACCCAGCUCUACAUGGUUAGAACUAUGCUAGAGUCCCUCAUUGCUGACAAAAGUGGUGCAAAGAAAACAUUGAGAAGUAGUCUUGAGGGCCCCACCAUUUUGGCGAUAGAAGAAUUUCAUCGGCAUUCAUUCUUCUACACUCACUUGCUCAAUUUCAGUGAAACACUUCAGCAAUGCUGUGACCUUUCUCAGCUUUGGUUCAGGGAGUUCUUUCUUGAAUUGACGAUGGGAAGAAGAAUUCAGUUUCCUAUUGAGAUGUCAAUGCCCUGGAUCUUGACUGACCAUAUUUUGGAGACCAAAGAAGCAUCCAUGAUGGAAUAUGUGCUGUAUUCAUUGGACCUGUACAAUGACAGUGCCCAUUAUGCUCUGACUAAAUUCAAGAAGCAGUUCCUUUAUGAUGAGAUUGAAGCAGAGGUGAACCUCUGCUUUGACCAAUUUGUGUACAAGUUGGCUGACCAGAUAUUUGCGUACUACAAAAUUCUGGCAGGAAGCCUCCUUUUAGACAAGCGGCUCAGGGCUGAGUGUAAGAAUCAAGGAACUAAUAUACCAACUCCUCCAUCAAAUAGAUAUGAGACUUUAUUGAAACAAAAACAUGUACAGCUUCUUGGUAGAUCAAUAGACUUGAAUCGACUGAUCACUCAAAGAAUUUCAGCAGCAAUGUAUAAAUCAUUAGAAUUGGCAAUUACACGUUUUGAGAGUGAAGACCUCACCUCCAUUGUGGAGCUUGAAGGUCUCGUGGAAGUCAAUCGUAUGAGUCACAAGCUCCUUGGUAAAUACCUAACCCUGGACAGCUUUGAUGCUAUGUUCAGGGAAGCCAAUCACAAUGUAUCAGCACCAUAUGGAAGAAUAACCCUUCAUGUUUUCUGGGAGCUCAAUUACGAUUUCCUUCCAAACUACUGUUACAAUGGUUCCACACAAAGGUUUGUGCGUACUGUUCUGCCCUUCUCUCAAGAGUUUCAGAGAGAUAAGCAACCAAAUGCACAUCCACAAUACUUGUAUGGAACCAAGGCACUGAAUUUGGCAUACAGCUCCAUUUACAGCAACUACAAAAAUUUUGUGGGUCCUCCUCAUUUUAGAGCAAUUUGCAAGCUCCUAGGCUAUCAAGGAAUUGCUGUGGUAAUGGAAGAACUACUGAAAGUUGUUAAGAGCCUUCUACAAGGAACCAUUUUGCAGUAUGUGAAGACUUUAAUGGAAGUGAUGCCUAAAAUCUGCCGUUUACCCAGACAUGAAUAUGGCUCGCCAGGAAUUCUGGAAUUCUUCCACCACCAGCUAAAAGAUAUUGUGGAAUAUGCAGAACUGAAGACCGUAUGUUUCCAAAAUUUACGAGAAGUUGGAAAUGCUGUCCUCUUUUGUCUUCUUAUCGAGCAGAGUCUGUCUUUAGAGGAAGUCUGUGACCUGCUACAUGCAGCACCUUUCCAGAAUAUUUUGCCAAGAAUCCACAUCAAAGAAGGUGAGAGGCUAGACACAAAGAUGAAGAGACUGGAAGCAAAAUACGCUGCACUUCACCUUGUCCCACUGAUAGAGCGACUUGGGACACCUCAGCAAGUUGCAAUUGCAAGGGAAGGAGAUCUGCUGACAAAGGAGCGCCUCUGUUGUGGACUGUCCAUGUUUGAAGUGAUUCUGACAAGAAUACAGCAAUUCCUGGAUGAUUCCAUUUGGCGAGGACCUCUUCCAAGUAAUGGAGUAAUGCAUGUGGAUGAAUGCGUGGAAUUCCACAGACUCUGGAGUGCCAUGCAGUUUGUAUACUGUAUUCCAGUCGGGGCACACGAAUUCACUGUAGAGCAGUGCUUUGGGGAUGGACUACACUGGGCUGGCUGUAUGAUCAUUACACUGCUCGGACAGCAAAGGCGCUUUGAUGUACUUGAUUUCUGUUACCAUCUGCUGAAAGUUCAGAAGCAUGAUGGCAAAGAUGAUGUCCUCAAAAAUGUGCCUUUGAAGAAAAUGGUUGACAGAAUUCGCAAAUUCCAAAUUCUCAAUGAUGAAAUCUUUGCUAUCUUGAGCAAGUAUUUGAAGUCUGGCGAUGGUGAAAAUGUCCCUGUGGAGCAUGUCCGCUGUUUCCAGCCACCUAUUCAUCAGUCACUAGCAAGCUCCUAAUAAAGAGCACUUGGGACAGCUGAAGCAAUCCAGGAAUAUUUGUAAGAAAACUUAAAUAUUCAGAGCAUCUGAAUAAUCAGCUGGUAGAUACUCUGCAUUUUAAUAAUGUGAAAUGCUAGAGAUUAAAUAUUUAAACUGCUGUGCGAUUUUGUUUUUUUAAGAGGACAGUGCAUGGUUUGUAUUAGUUGAGGGUUUUACUGAUGAUUUUGCCAUCAAACACUACCAGCAAUAACUAUCUAGAAGAGAUUUUAAAAUGGUAAAAACUGGUUAGACUUAUUAGUUGCAAAGAUUCCUUAUGAAAUUUAAAAAUGUAAUCAGAUUAUGAUGACUUUGUAAUGCCAUUGUUAUAAGGAGAUUAACAUUUUUUUCAAAUCUAUAUAUUUUACUACACUAGCCUACAUUUGUAGUUUACCGGUGCUGUACUAAAAGAUGCUCUUUUUCCACUCUGUUCCAGUAAUAUUUUUGCUUCUAUCUUUUUUCUAGUGCAGCUCAUUUAUACUAAGUUUUCCACAGUUUAUAGUUGCAAUAAACUUAAAAUGAGUCAUGAGAUUUUUUGAAAUGUUUACCAGUUUAUAUGGAAGAAAUAAAUAUUUCAGGAUCUAUUUUUAUGACUCCUAUAAU